AGCACCUAAACCCCUGAGCCGGAGGUUUAGAUGCCACGUCACUCAGUGGUUUGAUUUUGCAGAAGGAGGACUGUGGCUCAUUCGAUUCCCUUUUUACAUUUCUAUUUUGUUACUUCCAACAUCUUCCAUCACCAAUUGAGACCUCAAGCAGGCCUCGCAGUUUUGGACCAGGAUGGAUGAAAUUACUCGGCUGUUGGGCAGCAUAGAGCGUAAACGCACCGAAAGCGUUUCCACACAGUCAACGGGCAGCAAACUGGCCCUGCUCCAUCGGCUUCACCAGCUGAUGACCUGCGUCGAGGACUUGAACCCCAAAAACGAGCUGCACGAGAAGGUGGUCAAGACCCUGGAUUACGCCUUCCUCGUCUGCGGCAAGAGAGCCAACAAGCCGAAGAAGGACAGCUUCAGGUUGCACAUGGUAACGUGGAAUGUGGCUACAGCUGAUCCUCCAGACGAUGUGACCACACUUCUCCACCUGAACUCUCCAAAGAGCCCUGACCUUUACGUCAUUGGUCUGCAGGAAGUGUACUCUGGCCCGUUGAGGUUUGUGUCAGAUGCUGUGUUCGAUGACCCGUGGAGUUAUCUAUUGAUGUCGCUUUUAGCGCCACAGAAGUACAUCAAGGUGUCGUCCAUAAGAAUGCAGGGCCUGCUGCUGCUCUUCUUCUCCAAGCUGGAGCACGUCCCCUUCAUCAGAGACGUCCAGGCGACGUACACACGCACAGGCCUCUUUGGUUACUGGGGUAAUAAAGGCGGCGUCUCCAUCCGAUUAUCUUUCUAUGGCCACACGCUCUGCUUCCUUAACUGCCACUUGGCUGCUCAUAUGAACUAUGCCUCAGAGAGGGUGGAUGAGUUUGAGUAUAUCAUGGACAUGCAGAGCUUUGACUGUAAAAGAGCUCCAGCUAUUGUUGAUCACAGAUUGGUUUUCUGGUUUGGAGAUCUCAACUUCCGAAUUCAGGACCACGGCAUGCACUUUGUCCGCACCUGCAUCGACAAGCAGAACUACAGCCUGCUGUGGAGCAAAGACCAGCUGAUCAUGAUGAAGCAGAAGGAGCAGGUGUUGCAGGAGUUUGAGGAGGGGCCUCUGGACUUUCAGCCGACAUAUAAGUUUGACCGUAGCUCUGAUACUUAUGACACCAGUGCUAAGAAGCGUAAACCUGCCUGGACUGACAGGAUUCUGUGGCGACUCCGACCCAAAGCCCUGCCCCCGGAUGAGGAAAAUGAAAACAAAGUUGGGCUAGAUGCAAAGAAGCUCAAGCAGCUGGAAGAGGACAUGGAGUAUCCCCUGAAAAUCAGACAGGACGUGUACACCAGCAUGAUGGAGUACAGCAUCAGUGACCACAAGCCUGUCAUUGGUAUCUUCACACUGGAGCUGAGGAAGAUGUACGAGACUCCUCUGGUGCGUCUGCGGGCAGAGGGCGACUGGAGCGCAGAUAUUGAUGCCAUGGUGGUCUACAGCCCUCUGCAGCCAUUCCCCUCCAGUACUUGGGACUGGAUCGGCCUCUAUAAGGUUGACAACACGUGUUUCACUGCUGGCUGGUUCAGUGUGCUAGUUGAAAGUCUUCAUGUUUGUGUGAAUUUUCAGGUUGGUUUCAGCAGCGUGUCAGACUACAUCACCUACACGUGGGUCAAAGACGACGAGGUGGCCUUCAACGAGGAGGUUAUACAGGUGGUAACUCUUGUCUCAGUUUAUGUAAGUAAGGAGGAAAUCCCCGUGCAGGGAGGAGACUGCGUGCUGUGCUACUACUGUAACGCUCUGAAGUGCAUCAUUGGAAUAAGUGAACCAUUCCAGGUCCAAGCAUCCAAGGUAGCCAUUGAGGAAGGCAUGCUGCCUGAAAGGAUCAAUGGACUCGACAAAGCUGUGUCUGGUGAUGACUUUUAGAACUGAAGAGUCAAAAGUCUUAGAUUUGGGAAACUGUAAGGUUUUCUGUCGCAUUUCUUAACCUGCAGCUGAAAAAGCAACUUAGGAACUGUUCUCUCCUUUCCCCCACUGCACCACUGAUCUCUCUAAUGCUACCAGUGAGGCUGUUUUGUCAUUUACUCCUCAGCAGUCAAACGCAUUAAAAUGGAAGCUCACAUUUAAAUUGGCAUCAUGUUGAGCAAAGAAAUUUUACUCUUCUUUUAGUCUUUAUGAGUAAAAAUAAAUAAGAUGGAAUGCUUAGAUUUUACCAAAUAUGUUUGUGUCACGAUGGAUGGGUGAAGAAUAUUUUAGGGUUUGUGAUACUCAAGGAAAUGGUUAAGGCCUGAUUAUCCACAAACCACUGCAGAUACAAUUACUCAUUCUUGUACUGUUUUUUUUUUUUACCACAUGGAUCCACUCAUUCACUCCACGAUGACCAAAGUUAUAUCACUGAGUCCACCCAGUGGACCCCCUCCACACUUACAGUAACUACAGUGGUGUUCAGAGCUAUUGCGAACCAAAGUUUCAUGUCACACCACUGUUUUUGAACUAUUUUGCAACCCACAAAUAUUCACCUCCAGUGGUUUUCAAUUUGAAGGUGUUUUCAAGACUUAACAGCUGCUCUGGGUUUAUGCUUUAUGGCUUUUGCCGCAAAGCAUAAAAACAACAACUUUUCACUGAAAUUAAAAUAUCUGACACUUCUGUUCCUAUCUCCUGAUGUGAAGAAUAUCACAAGUCAAGUCUUGCAUAGUCCAAAUGGAGGCACAUGAAAGCUUGGCUUUGUACUUGGUCUGAACACACUACAAUGCUGUGGGAGGAAAAAUACUCACACCUACUCUUAAGAAUAGGUUCGGCUCCAACUUCACUUUACUGCUACUGUAAUGAAAAGGAAAAGGGAACAUGAGUUAGCAAAACCCACGGGCCGUGUUUGUUUGAAGGGCACCAUGGUCACGUUCGGACUGAGUAGUUAUUCUGUGAAAAAUGAGCUGUCAGCCUGCACUGCUUACUACUUGGAGUCGAGUAUCCUCGAUGCCAGUGUGCGAACCUACACUGCUAAGUUUUUAUUUCAAUGGCAAAACCGGUGUGAUGCCAGACCAGCUGCUUACACAUUAAAAAUGUCUUAAUUUAUGGUUAGAUAAUGGCUAGUUGGAGCAACCCCUCAGAUGACAGUAGUCAAAAGAAGCUCUACGUCCACAGUCACUGCAUGUGACUGUGUAGAGGUCUGCAGGACCAGACAACUUAAAUUUCCUUUCCACUCUUCUUUAAAACAGUACAGCCUUCAAAGGAGUUCCUCCUUUUAAAGUAGAGUUUUUAGCUGUAAGGUAAUGAUCUUAAUCCGUACUGUCCUGAAAGCAUCGCUGAGGUACGUAAGCUGGAUCUAGUCAUGAUUUUAAAUGUUUCCUGUGUUAUUUAAAAUAUUAACUUUGCUUUUGGAAUAUCCAUCCCUGUGACUGUGAGUGCUAUUGGUAGGUGAGAUGAUUUCGUAGCUUUGAUUUCUCUCUUCUCAGUGUUUUAAUGAACUUCAGUUGCUCCUGGAGGACUUGAAAGAAAAGCUGUAUAAUACAACCUUGUUUUUUGUUUGUUUUUUUGCUGUGGCUGAUUUUUUUUUUUUUUUUGCUUUCUGCCAUCCACCUUCUGGAAGGUUCCAGUUUUAUAUAAGAAAAACAACGAUUCCUAUCAAGGUUGAUUGUGACGUCACAGCAAAAACCUUCAAGAAAUCUUGCACUGUUUACUGUAUUUGUAGGCUCUUGUGGUAUUGUUAGUGUGAUUAAAUACUAUAUAUAAAUGUGUAGUUUUGAUUGAACCAUGUGGAUUCAACAAGUGCCUCUGACACUCCGCUUUACAUUUACUGUACUGUACUAUGCUGCUUAACUUUGAUACAUGUAUCGUAACAUUGACUUGAUUACUUAAAACAUGGCAAAAUGUUUGUUGGAGAUCUUUUUGAAAUGUACAUAUUUUGCUUUGGUCUGUAGAAACAUUUCCUGAUCUGGAUUAUCAGCUGUAGAGGCGUCUCCCCCUUCUCUUGAAUUUAAAGAAACUAAAUGGCAUUUGACUCAAAGCACCAGUUAAAAAAAAAAAAAAAAAGAAUAUUUACUACAUACAUGUAUAAAUACUUCCUUUAAUUGGCAGAUGUAGAGAAGAAGGAAAAUAAUUCCUGCUGCUGAGUGUUAAUACCAAAUUAACUUUUUGAGAUUCCAGGUUCCACUGUAUUCUCAGUAAUGUCACAUUUCUAAAACUUGGAAACCCACACCAAAAUAAUCUAGAUGACUGCUACAGUCCAGGUUAAAUAUGUGAAAAUAUGCACACUUGAUUUUUAGAGGGGACUGUCCCUUUAAAUAUUGCUGUUUUAAACUUUGAGCUAUAGAAAUACUUGUUGUGAAUGUUACCGUUACUGAUUUGUUGGAAUCAGUUAUACUUGCGCACACAUGCACACAUAUAUACAUAUCAAUAAAUAUACAUCUAUGUUUUAACUGAAGGCUGACUUAUUUUCUGAAAUGCCAAUGAAACAUACUGUAACCGAAUGCAAAUAAAUUUAUAGCUCUGAA